AUGGGCUUAAAAGGGAAAUACGAACUGCCCUUCGAGCUCAAUAAUCCAGAACUGCUCCACAAUCAGUCCUUCGUGAGUGGGAAAUGGGUCAAGUCAAAGUCUGGCAAGACAUUUGAAGUGGUUGAUCCUGGCACUGGAAAACCAUGGAUAGAGUGCCCUAUCAACGAUGCGUCUGACGUCGAUGACGCCGUCAAGAGCGCACAUGACUGUUUCGAGAGCUACCGCAAAGUGAGCCCAAGGACACGAGCACAGUUGCUUUUUCAAUGGGAUGCAUUGAUCCGUGAAAACCGAGAGGACCUGGCAACUAUCCUGGUGCACGAGACAGGCAAACCUAAAGCGGAGGCGUACGGCGAAAUCGACUACUCAACUGGAUUCACCUGGUGGUUCGCCGGAGAAGCGGAGCGAAUUCAGGGCACAGUGUUCCAGCCUUCUCUGCCGGACCGACGGGUCUUCACCAUCAAGCAGCCGCUUGGGGUUGCCGCAGCAUUAGUACCCUGGAACUUCCCCAUUGCCAUGGUGCUAAGGAAAGCUGCAGCUGCUCUUGCUGCAGGCUGCACGAUGAUCGUGAAGCCGAGCCCAGAAACUCCCAUCACUGCACUUGCACUCGCAUAUCUUGCCAGCAAGGCUGGAUUCCCUGAUGGGGCCCUGAACAUCCUUACCACUGAUCUGGAGAAGACACCCGAACUCAGCGAGGCGCUUUGCCGACAUGAGCUCGUUCGAAAAGUGUCCUUUACAGGCUCUACUCGUGUGGGCAAACUGGUUGCGAGGCUCUGCUCCGACAGCCUCAAGAAGGUCACAUUGGAGCUUGGCGGCAACUGUCCUGUCGUGAUAUUCGAUGAUGCCAACCUGGAUCAAGCAUUAGCUCAAGUAUUCGCACUGAAAUAUCGACAUGCUGGGCAAGCCUGCGUCACGGCGAACCGUAUCUAUGUCCAGUCCGGAAUCUUUGAUAAGUUCCUCGAGAAAUGGACUGCAGAGGUCAAAAAGAUUGUAGUCGGCCACGGUGCGGACAACACCACUACCAUGGGCCCUGUAACGACAGCACGAGGCAUUGAGAAGGCUCAGUCACUUGUCGACGACGCAAAGUCCAAAGGCGCGACCAUCCACGUCGGAGGCAAGAAGCUCGAGAAGAACGGAGGCUAUUUCUUCGAACCGACUGUCAUUUCUGGUAUUAAACCGGACAUGGACAUUGCGAAGGAGGAGAUCUUCGCACCCGUCAGCACUUUUAUCAAAUUCGACACAGAGGACGAGGCUGUAAAGGCUGCGAAUGAUACCAGCAUGGGUCUGGCUUCUUACUGCUUCACGAAGAACAUCGACCGCAUGUGGCGGCUGUUCGAGAAUCUGGACGCUGGAAUGAUUGGAAUGAACACUGGCAACUCGUCGGCAGCAGAGUCACCGUUCGGUGGUAUCAAGCAGUCGGGAUACGGGAAAGAGUCCGGGAAGGAUGUGGCUGUGGCGGAGUAUCUUAUCACAAAAACAGGAACUUUGACUCUGGAAGGACAAGCUUGA